AUGUCAUUCCCAAUACCGCUGGGCGAAGGCAGUUUUUUGCACGCUGCCAUUCGGACGGAUGGUUAUGACUCCGCCAAGCCCAAAGACUUCUAUUCACACCUCAUUAUCGAGGUGAUUGCGAAUACUUGCAUUCCAAAGCCGAACGAGUGGUGGGCUAAAGACAUGCUUUACCCAUACAAGCACCCCCGAACUGGGAAGCAAUUCCUGAACACGCACAAACCUGGAUAUCCGUACCGCUACGAGUAUAUGACAGUUAUGUAUGGGAGUGAUGUCUAUGAGCGUAAACCAAAACGAUCGGUUCGCUUGUUUGCCCCAUUGACAUCGAAAGACGAGUAUUCGUACUCGAAUAACAAGUAUGUCUACUUUGUUCCGGUGCCAAUGCCUAAGAAGGGCGAAUUACUCUGGAUAGACACGACAUACCCCCUCCGUGGGAUCUACAUACCAGUCUCUCACACAUACUCGCCCAAAUGGACUGAUCGUGCCCGUUAUUACGGUCUCCUUCUGAGGCAGCUCGACAUGGUGAUACAUCAGCCUGACAAGAACCCUCCCACGGGUAGUACCUGGAGAUUCCCGAGAAAUGAUGCCGAUGGCUGGAGUAAUGAUUCUCCGAUGAUCACAGUUGCCAUGGACAUCGAGAGAAUUGCUGCUCGCCUCAGCCUCCCUGACCAUGUAGUCGGGAACGAGUUCCAGGAUAUUACUGUACUCAUGCGGUGUUUUGACGCCCAAAAUGUCGAAUGCAAAACUGUGGAGAAAACAAUCGAUAUCACGAAAUCUGGUCGGCUACUUUCCAAAGUAAUCUCAGUCACUUACGGCAUUCAGAUGAAAGAAGCUGGAGAGCCCGACAAAUGGCUGAGCGAUGUCAUCACUGCCGUAGCAUCUGCUGGCCUAGCCUGCAUUCCUGUCAUUGGGCCUAUUGCAGCGGUCGUCGGCGGUUUCGCCUUGAGUAUGCUCUUGAAUCCCGAGGAGUUCUGUGCCCAGAAUGAGACGCUCAAAAGUAUUCCAGAUCUUGUUGGGGCUUUGUUGGAGACGUCAAAGCUGGCAAAGCCCUUUAUCAAGAAGGAAUUGCUUAAGAAAAUGACCAAAAUAGUGGAAAAAAACUCUGACGCCGUUAAAUCGGCCUCGAAAUUGAGUAAGCAACUCACAGUUGCUGAUGAGGCCCAAAAGAAAAAGGAAGCCGAACUGGAGAACAAGAAACUCGAAGAAGAAAUCAAUGAACCCACCAAAAGAGCGAAGACAGCCCAGGCAGCUCCGAUUAUUGCCGCCACAAGCUUUGUGCCGGACAAUGACCAACAACAAAUCACCGCGGAGGAUAAGGCUCAAUUGGACUUUGUGAAAUCUCUUCUGGACUUUUUGUUGCCUCCGGACAUCGUCAAGAUGGAGCUCAAUGGAGAACUCACUGAGGAGUUCGGAGAAAGAUGGUCUUUAGAAGAGGCCGCUCAACCCCAGUCAGCCCAGGAGGUGUGGGAUCUCUGGGACGAUGAAGACUGUCUUCAAGAAGAGUGUGCGGACUCUGAGACGACGCAGGAUGGAGACAGUGACGAUGGAGACAGUGACGAUGGAGACAGUGACGAUGGAGACAGUGACGAUGGAGACAACGACGAUGGAGACAGUGACGAUGGAGACAACGACGAUGGAGACAACGACGAUGGAGACAACGACGAUGGAGACAACGACGAUGGAGACAACGACGAUGGAGACAACGACGAUGGAGACAACGACGAUGGAGACAACGACGAUGGAGACAACGACGAUGGAGACAACGACGAUGGAGACAACGACGAUGGAGACGACGACGUUAGAGACGACGACGAUGGAGACAACGACGAUGGAGGCAGCGACGAUGGAGGCAGCGACGAUGGAGACAACGACGAUGGAGACGACGACGUUAGAGACGACGACGAUGGAGACAACGACGAUGGAGACGACGACGUUAGAGACGACGACGAUGGAGACAACGACGAUGGAGGCAGCGACGAUGGAGGCAGCGACGAUGGAGACAACGACGAUGGAGACGACGACGUUAGAGACGACGACGAUGGAGACAACGACGAUGGAGACGACGACGUUAGAGACGACGACGAUGGAGACAACGACGAUGGAGACGACGACGUUAGAGACGACGACGAUGGAGACAACGACGAUGGAGAUAGCGACGUUAGAGACGACGACGAUGGAGACAACGACGAUGGAGACGACGACGUUAGAGACGACGACGAUGGAGACAACGACGAUGGAGACGACGACGUUAGAGACGACGACGAUGGAGACAACGACGAUGGAGAUAGCGACGAUGGAGACAACGUCCGUGAAGUAAAAUAA